AUUUAAUUAAAAUGUAAACAAUAAAAAACACCAAAAAAAAAAAAAAGAAGGAAAACCCAUAGAAUUGUAAAGGCUUCUGCAACUCAAAACCCAGAUUUGCAUUGCAAAAAUGGAGGUUCCCUUUACGAGGUCAAAUCAAAGCACAAAGCUUUGAAGAAAAAUAAAGGCUACCCAGAAAAAAAAUAUCAAAAUAUCACAAACUAUGGAAGAUUCAGCUGAAGUGCAGACUGAAGAGAAUAAAGUUUCUCUGGAUGUGAAUAAGAAAAGAACAGUCAAGACACCAGCCCAGGUUAUGGCUCUGGAGAACUUCUACAAAGAGCACAGAUUUCCCUCAGAUGAAAUGAAAGCACAACUAGCAGCUCAGAUAAGGUUGACAGAAAAGCAGAUAUCUAGUUGGUUUUGUCACAGAAGGUUAAAAGACAAAAGGAGAGAUGAAUCCUAUGCUAAUGGGCGACAGGACCACUCUAGUGGUGUAAUUCAAGAUCGUGGUAGUGGGCUCAGACAAGAUUCUUGUGGCAGUAUUAAGCAGGGGGAUUAUAGGAAUGUUGAUCCGAGGGAGGUUGAAAGUCGAAGGAUUUAUGGCCAUGACUUUCCAGUUGCUGACCUGACAUAUGAGCGUAGGAGUCAUCAAAAUCCCUAUAAUGCUCAUAUGGAGGAUACGUCUUCUGAAAGUAGCUUGUCUUUACAUGAUCAGCGUUUCUCUGAAAGUAGGGAUCCUUAUGACAUGCAAAUAUCUGCUAACCUUACACAAAAUGGAGCAAUUACGCAGAUAAAACCAAGGAUUGUUAAAAGCAUGGGUUAUAAGCCAUCAGGAUAUUUGAAGGUUAAGGGUGAAAUGGAAAAUCCUGCUGUUACUGCUGUCAAGAGGCAGCUGGGGAGUCAUUAUCAAGAAGAUGGUCCGCUACUUGGUAUUGAAUUUGAUCCACUUCCUCCUGGUGCAUUUGAGUUCCGUAGUAGCAAUCUGGUCAAUGAGCCAAUCUAUGUUGGAGAUCCCCGACAGGAGCAUUCUCCAGAUAUCUCUGGAGUUAUAAAGCAGCCGAAUCUUAAUAUUAUAAAUGAAGUACAUAAUCCCAAGAUGAGUUCUCAGGCUUCUUAUAUGGAGGAUGCAAACCUUAACACUGAGCAUGGGUCUGACAGACAGGACAGGAAAUCUCAUCAUCAAUUAAAAUAUAAGUCUUCUUUUCUUUGUUCCAACCCUUUCCCUGGCCAGAACUCUUCUAUAAAUGUCUACGAAAGUUCUGCUGGAAAAACUGCUGUCAGUGAUUGCAAACGGAGUAGGAUGAGCUUUAAGCCUGCUGUUGAAAGGAUGGGAUCAGAUUCUUUUUCUAACCAGCCUGGCCCAUAUGGCUCGAAAAUUGCUAAUGAACAAGAAAAGCCUUGGUUGCAUGAUGAUGAUAAUCAUACCUAUAAGGCCCCAAAGAAUGAAAACCUGUCUAAAACUUCAGAUUUGAUCCAUGGGUGCAGUGAGUCCCUGGGUACUGAGAGAGGCCCAUCUGCAAGGAUGGGAAAGUUGGAGAAACUUGGUGGAGAGUGGAAGCCAAAAAGGGAGUAUCCUGUCAGAGAAAAUAUUGAUCCGACGAAUGAAUUGAAAGUUGCAAAACGAGUCAAAGUCGAAUUUCCUCAACAAAAUUUUGUGGCAAAUGCAUCACAUUCCAGAUCGCUUCUUUUGACAAAUCCAACUAAAGGGUCUUCCAUGGAUGUACCAUCUAGCUUCAGUGAGGAUGAAACCGCAGAAACUAGUUCUUCCUUGGAUUGAUGACCCUAUGGUUUACGGCUUCUAGAGAGGCUUAAGGGGUUCUCUCUGACUCCUUGAGAUCGUAUAACAUUGUAAUAGCUUUUGUACAGCUGGGAAAUGUUUGUCUUCAUCUUGCUAACUGAAAGCACUGCUAGGAACAUUGGGCUCGGAGAGCAUUUUGUUCAUUGUAUUUUGUCCUCAAAAUAGUGCUCGGCUGUUAAUAUAUGUACAAAAUCAUUUUGAUUAUUUAGUUAAUGAAAUGCUUUAUGAAGGUAAGUUGUGAUGAA